UUGACCAUUAUGUUUGGAGCUCACGCUGCAAAACGCGCUCGGACCGAUGACCAUUACGCGUCGAGUUCAACAACGCGCUCGGAUAUAUGGCACUCUGACGGAAGUCUCGUUCUCCAAGCAGGAACGACGCUGUUUCGCGUCCAUUGGAGUGUAUUGUCAACUCAUUCGACUGUUUUCAAAGACAUGCAUAGUACUCCUCAACCCAACUUGUCGGGGCCAACGGUAGAGGGCUGCCCUGUGGUGGAACUCCACGACGACCCACUCGACCUCGAAAAUGUCCUCCGUGUGCUCUAUGACCCGACUAUAUUUCUCCAGCAGGAACACAAGUUUGUGCUUGUGGCCUCGCUGGUUCGGCUGGGUCGCAAAUACAAUUUCCGAACUCUUUGGAAGGCAGGUGUUGGUAUUCUGGAGACCGCGAUUCCAACGACCCUGGACCAAAUCGACAUGCUCCGCGAAAACAACUAUCAAGUGAAAGGCAUCAUCAACCAUCCGGGUCUCUUCGUCGAUAUUCUCGGCCUGUUGCGAGAGAAUGAUAUUCUCACUCUCCUUCCUUGCGCCUACUACCUUGUGAUCGAGAGAUACUCCAUGCGGGAACUGUUUGACGGUGUCGCGCGGGGAGACGGCACAACCGCUACUCUCGCGCCAGAAGACCUACGGCAAUGCAUGCUGUCCAGGGACACAAUCAUCCGCCACCAAUGCGAGGCUGGCUACUCCUGCGCUUGGGCCCUGAGCGCCCCUGCCUCAACUCCGGGCCUUGUCCGGACCGGCAAUGUGUGCUCCAACAUCGCCGCUUGCACGGCAAUGCGCGCAAGCUACAUGUCUCGAUUUAUGCGGCACCCCUCGCUGCUUCCCGCUAGUCCGACUAGCACCCAGUUUAUAUGGAGGUACGGGUUUUGUGCUUCUUGCCGCGAAGGAGUCGUUGCGACAAUCAAAGCUGGCCGAACGAAAGGCUGGGAGGAUCUACCCGGUUUCUUCGACCUUGCGCCGUGGAGUGAAUUAAAGAACGAGGAAUAG